AUGAGCCACACCGAAGAGCUAACCACCCGCUUAUCUGCAGGGACUGAGUUUGUGAUUGUGGUGCCGUACGAAACGAAGCGAUGCUCCGCAACUCUUAAAAUCGUCUCGGUAGGCGGUGGUGUGGACCCCCGAGUUGACGUACUUGGCGCUCCUGUUGUAGUGGAUGUUUCGUACAAUUUGAUUCCUGGUAUGGAGUUUUCCAUCUUUGCAUGGACUAAUGCGACCGUUCGAAUCGAGGGAUCAAAGCAGCUUCUUCUUAAUUGUUACCGCCCCACAACACCUCCUUUUGUUAGGCCACUUGUCGAAUAUCAUUGUAUAAUCCACGAUGCUCGCGUUUUGGCCGACAAGAAGGCAUUGUUUGGUCCUUUGGUUCUUAUUUGCGGAACAAAUGACGCUGAAAAACAUGUCAUUGGAAGGACGCUUUGCAGCUACGCUGCACGAACCGGGUGGUCCCCUCAAUUAGUAGAUUUGGAUUGUGGUGUGGGGCAAAUGCUUGGACCGCCAGGAACCGUUUGUGCUGGUGUUAUUGAGUACCCAAUGACGCUGGACGAGGACACCACGAUAGGUCCCACCUCUGUUUCUUUUUUUACAGGGUCAACAGCACCACAGGUUAAAUCUUCUUCUGGUGAAUGGAAUAUGUACGCUCCGUAUGUACAUUAUAGCCAUUUGAUGAUGUCAUGUGCGAGCAAUCGAAUAGCCAGGCAUACAGGCAGAGUGAGCGGCUCUAGUGGUGCAGUUAUUAUAUUACCAGAUUUAAAGGGUGUCAGUGGUCUUUUAUUUGUAGAAGAUCUCCUCCGACGCUUUAACAUUUCGCACAUAUUGUGUAUUGGUGAUGAUUUCCUUUUCUGUGGGCUCCACAAUCGAAUUAGCAAUAUGCAGGAAUCAGCAGGUUCUCGUACUGUGGCCAGUACCCGCAUCGAUAAGUUAUCCAAGUCGUUCAUUUACUCUCCGUUAGAUUCAGGAUCGGAACGGAUAGCAUCCAGAUUGGAGCGGUAUUUUUUUGGUGGUGGUGCUAUUGAUCUACAACCAUCCGAAAUAAACAAACGGUAUUCGAGUAUUGAGAUUCUGGCCCUGAAGGAUACCAAUGGUCAAGCUGUUGUUUCAAACGUUGAGCAGGAUGCUUUGGAGGGAAUUGUAGGAUGUGUAGGUGCGUUGUUUGAGUCUUCUACAAAACGUGAUAGAGAUAUUCUGUCACUCUCUCCGUUUGCGUUUGCUAGGGUGCAAGGAGUUGAUGCUCAGGGUGUCAGCAUUCUUGUGAGCACACAUUCCGCUAUUCCCGAGACGUUGGUAAUGAUCAUUGGUUCCUACUGCUGGGUAACGAGUUAA